ACACUGUUUUCCGUUCUUUCUGAUCUCUCCUUUGCAUUACGUUGUUUUGAUUGUGCAGUUGGACUUUCUAUCGGCACUAUAUGUACUCCCACCGGAAACCUACUUUUCAGAUGAUAGUCUCUUUGCCUUCCGCUAAUGAAACGGGCUUUGGCUGCUUGUAAGUUGCUUGCAUGGUCCUCUGAGAAUGUUGAAAAGGAAGCUUGCUAUUAUUGCAUGGAAGGGAAGCUUGUCGAGUUGGCUGUCUUGCUAAUUGUGGCUCGAAAAAAGGUUUUUGUUCCCAUCACUUUUGACAGAAAUGACGGUGCUGGCAUAUACGGAGUGACGAUCCUCCAAUGCGUUAAAAAUCAAAUCCUGUCACUGGUUGACGAGGAGAUGAAAUUAACAGCGGAAUUUCAACAUGGGAAGGUAAUUCAGAUUCAAGAUAAGAUAAAGGUUUUGAGGUCGACUGCACUGUUGCUUGAGGUUUUUGAGAGCGCUGGCGAUACUAUAGAGGAAUAUCUGGAGUCGCAGCAGCCUGUUGAUGUGCCGAGAGAACAAGUGGAGAAAGAUGUAGCUUUGAGGCUUGCGGAAAAAGGAUUUAUAUUGAAGGAUGGAGACUUUGAUUUUAGCAAUAGAGACUGUGUGAAUUUGAGCAAAUCCGUUGGGACCCCUGCCAAGUACUUAAACCAUCCAUCUGAUAAAUUAUCUCGAUUUUCUGCUCCUCGCUGGCUGCAACAAAUGCAUGCGCAUUUUGCCCCAAGGAAAGAAGUACCUCGUAAUGGCCUUCAGUCGUCAAUCCCAAGUCUCGCGAUUCCCCCUCUGCUCAAAACUGUGAGGAAGUCAAUGCGUACAGAUCAAGUCUCGAAAUUCACGUCCUAUUCUCGGUAUUGCACAAGUGUGGAUAUUCAGAAGCAAUCUAAACCAAUAUCAUGGGAGAUUCUUGCAAAAUUUGCAUUGUCCGUCAAGAGGGGGAUUAGAAUUCCUUGAGGAGCCAUCUUUGGAGGGUUAAGGUUAUGGAUGACCUAUGGGUUGGUCUUGUAAUCCCUGGGUCUGGGCCUGCUGGUUUACUGGGUAAAAGAAUAUGUGACUUGGGUUUGGUAAUAUCUAUCGGUUUGGGUUAGGGCCGAGGGAUUACUGGGUGGUUUUUUUAUGGUUCGGGUCAAGACCUAAACAAACUCGGUUUUAUCCCAGCCUUGUCCUUGAAAUAGAGAGGAAACCGUAUAGCUCACCUCACACAGUGGUCAGGUGGUGGGGCGACAAAGGUGGUCCAACAAGGUUCAUUUCUGGCCAAAUGGGGGUUCAAGUUCAACAAAUGGGCUCAAUGGUGGCUAGAUUUUAGUCGAGUGCUGGCAGUGAUGGGAGCCAAGAGAGGGAGUUGGUGGUCAGAGAGAGAGGGAGAGAGG